AGGCGGCUGCCCCUGCACCAGCCGAGGCCGAAGGCUCCAUUUUCGAUGCCAUGCCGGCCUUUGGCUCCUUCGUCCCAGACCUGUCCGGGUUAUCGGAGCUGCCCUCGGUGCUGGAGGACACGCGGGUGCCGCAGGCCAGGCCCAUUCCCACGCCCAAGAAGACCAAGCCGCCCCCGCUCCCAGAAGCAUCACCCCCAGCCUUGUCCACGCAAGUGCCCUGGUCCACACAGUUGAAAGCCGCCGAUCCAGAUUGGUAUGAUGAGGACGACGCAGGCUACUCCUCCAACUCCUCCUUGCUGGAUGCAGGGGAGCUGCCAGACGCCCCCGAUGCAGAAGCCGCGGCGCCGGCACCGGAGGCACCGGCGAAGGCGCAGGCGCCCAAGCCGGCACCGAAGCCGGCGGUGGCCAAACCGAAAGUCAAGGCCAGAGCGGGAUCGCCAAAGGCCAAGGCCAGAGUGAAUGUGGCCAAACCCAAGGUGCAGCCGAAGGGCCGUGCUCAAGGCAUUUCGGCCAUGGAUGGUGUGACAGAUGACAUCUUUUCGAGUCCCAUCCAUCGCCGCGAAGCCGUGGCACACCCCACCGACCGGGCAGAUCCCCAGGCGGUGCGGGUCCUGCAGACGGGUGGCGGUAUGGAUAUGGUGCAACAGGAUCCGGAAGUGCUGUCAGAACCCGAGUCCCAGGACUCAGUGGAUUCGAUCUCCGGUGAAAUCGCGCGAUCUUGGGAUCCCAGCGCCAAAGAUGUGCGCUACAGCUAUGCCCGCGAUCGUGCGGUGGGUUUUUCAGAGUUCUGGCGGCCUCUGAAGUGGUCUGAAGCGGAGUGGGAGAGGCGAUUACAGGCCUCGGGCAACCUCAAGCGGACUGUGGCGCGGGCCAAGCUGAACGAACCGAAGGCAAAGCCCAAGGCAGCGCCAGUUCAAGAGACAGCGGAUGAACCAGAGGAUUUGAUUGCGCCAGAGAAACCAAAGCCACGUUCGCAGUAUCCGCUGGCCACAGAAGUGAAGCCCAAGUACAUCGAUGUGCCAUUGAAGGGUUUGCAGGGCGUGGCCGCCGAGAGCGCCGUCGGUGCCCUGCGGAAGAACGCCAAGCAGAUCGUGGCGCCGGUCUUUGAGCAGUCAUUGGACGACGAGCUUCUUGGUGCUCUGCCACCCACCGUGCCACCUGCGCGCCAUGGCGAGCCCUUGGUUCCAUUGUCCUCUGUGGCUCCAGCACACUUGCGAGAGAGGCCAGCGCAGCCUGCUUCACCCCAGACGCCACCUGAGAGUCCAAUUGAUGCACCGCGCUUCGGUUAUCCCAGCUGGCAAGCACCGCCGCUCUACAGUGGCCCAAACCGCACGUUACUGAGACCCAUGAUGCAAGAAGUCCAGCCACCUGCGGAAGAGCAACCAGUCACAGGCGAGUAUGGAGAUAGAGCGGGCAGAACGUGGCUGUGAUGACCCGGCAAUGAAACCUAUGGAAAAUCACUCAUUG